CCACAAAUAAAUAAGAAAAGGGAAUAAAUUCUCCAUUAAAACUCUCUAAAACAGUAUUAUCAACAGUCAAGCCUUUGAACGCCGCCCCAGCCUCAGCCUUAGCCCAUCUCCCACUUCGCUUAUCCUCUUUCAACUCUCACCCAUCCCAUUGCUUUCAAAGUUUGCGUGUGACAUUGACCAACGCUGCUACUUACAUUACACUCUCUACUGAUCAUACAACAAAGUUUCAAACUUUCUCUCCUCAAACCAUGGAGUUUGAUUAUACUAGAUUUUUAUAUUACUGGGCUUCACUGAUCCUUUCAAUUUCAGGUGUUUUGUCUCCUACAAUGGUGGAUUCAAUUGGGAUCAACUACGGCCAGAUAGCUAAUAAUCUUCCCUCACCGGAUAAUGUAGUACCUCUGGUUAAAGCCAUAGGUGCCACUAAAGUAAAGCUGUAUGACGCGGAUCCAAGGGUGCUUCGAGCAUUUGCUAACACGGGCGUGGAAUUCGUUGUAGGACUUGGAAACGAGUAUCUUUCAAAGAUGAGAGAUCCAGAAAAUGCUCGAGCCUGGGUCCAAUCAAACGUUCAACCCCACUUGCCGGCGACCAAGGUUACCUGCAUUACAGUGGGGAACGAAGUGUUAACUUUCAAUGAUACCUCUCUCACCGAUCACCUUCUUCCUGCAAUGCAAAGUGUCCAUACUGCCCUUGUGAAUCUUGGCCUGGACAAGCAGGUCACUGUCACUACUCCUCACUCUCUAGCCAUUCUCGAGACCUCUUAUCCUCCGUCUGCUGGAGCUUUCCGGCGAGAUCUGGUCCGAUGCAUCACUCCUAUAUUGAAUUUCCACGCUAAGACUGGCUCUCCUUUCUUGAUCAACGCCUACCCUUACUUCGCAUACAAAGGGAAUCCGAAGCAAGUGAGUUUAGAUUUCGUUCUCUUCCAGCCCAACCAAGGCAUUGUAGAUCCAGCCUCCAAUCUCCACUACGACAACAUGCUGUUCGCUCAGAUUGAUGCCGUUUCCUCUGCUUUAUCAUCCUUAGGGUACAAGAAGUUACCGAUUCACAUAUCGGAAACCGGCUGGCCUUCCAAAGGAGACACCGACGAAGCUGGGGCUACUCCAGAAAAUGCGAAGAAGUACAAUGGAAAUCUGAUGAAGCUAAUUUGUCAAAAGAAGGGGACUCCAAUGAGGCCAAACACGGACUUGAACAUCUAUGUAUUCGCUUUAUUUAACGAGAACAUGAAGCCUGGACCUACAUCUGAGAGGAACUACGGUCUAUUUAAGCCCGACGGAACGCCGGCGUAUUCAUUGGGAAUCUCCUCAACCGACGCCGUGAGUACUAACACAAGUUCAAGCAGAGGCAGUGUCAAUGCCGGAACUCCACCGACGGGGCCGGAGAGCUCUUCAACUGGUUACUUGUCUAUUUCUGGUGCAACGGGAGCGCAUGAGACCGUCAUUGGCCAUCUUUUUAUUGCGUCGGCAUUGUUGGUGAUCCGCUGGGCCUUAAGAGUUCCGUUUUGAACAGUGCCUUUGCAACGGCACCAACGAAAGGGAAUCAAAGGAAGAGUGAUUGUGAAAGGAAAGCGAAAGAGAACAAGAAGCAGACGAAGGGAAAGGUAAAUUUAUAUUCCUUUACUUGUACGCUACAAAGUGCAAAGCAUUCAAAUUAUCUUUUGCUUAGUUGACUCCUGGCAGGAAAGCGCCACCUUGUUAGGCAUAAAUUCCCAACAACCAUUAAAUCCUCUUCGUUGGGCCACUUGUUACCCACUUUUGUUGAUAAUUGUUGUAUUUAAGUGGGGGCCAGCAUUUGGAUAGUUUCAUUUAUAAAAGUAAAAACUGGAGCAAUUAGCGUUACCUUUUGAUCUGUAGUUGACAAUAAACUAUGACCUUUUUCUUUUUUCC